CCAUCACCACCACCGCCACCACCACCAAAGCAGCCCGCCGUGAUAACAUGGUAGCUUCCCGUACAGUCCCCUCCCCAGCGGAUCGACAUGCUUCCGUGGCUCUCCUGACAGCAACUUUAAUCCCCUCCCCCUGGGUGACCAUGAUUAUCCUUUCUCCCCGCAAAUCCCGGCUCCUCUCCUCUCCUCUCCGCCCCCUCCCCCACAGAUUUGAGAUCCGAUGGCUGGGGUUGGCGGAUUAGUUUCCACCUCGCACUAUUGCUACGUACUGCUACUGCUACUACUGCUACUAUAACCUCCUGUUCCUGUCGUGACAGCUGGCGGGCGGGCCUUAAAGGGGGACGUCUCGCCCCUCCCGAUCUCCUCCGCCGCUGCCGCCCCUCCGUCCCCGCCCCCUUUCCCCAGACUGCGUGCGACGCUGCCCGUCCGAGACGUUGACAGAGUGCGACGCUACUGGCCCCCUUUGUCCAAUGAACACCAAGUCCGACUCCGAGAUGGAAGCCAAGGCCGAGCACGCGGAGCUCAACGCCAAGGACCACGAGGCGCGCCGCCGCCGCGAGCACCUCACCCGCCGCGUGCUCCUCAAGACAGACACGAGGGUCCUCCCCGUGCUGGCGCUCCUCUUCCUCUGCUCGUUCCUCGACAGGACCAACGUCGGCAACGCCAAGAUCAUCGGCCUCGAAAAGGACCUGGGCAUCAGCGACCUGCAGUACACGCAGGGCCUCGCCGUCUUUUACGCCACCUACAUUGCCAGCGAACUCCCGAGCAACCUCGUCCUAAAAAAGGUCUCGCCCAAGAUAUGGCUCCCCUGCCUGACGGCCGCCUGGGGCCUCGUCACCAUGUGCUUGGGCUUCGUGCGCGGCUACGCCAGCUUCGUCGCCGUGCGCGCCGUCCUCGGCGUGACCGAGGGCGGCCUGCUGCCCGGCAUGGUGCUGUACCUGUCGGGGCUGUAUACGCGCGGCGAGCUGGCGCUGCGCAUCGGCAUCUUCUACACGGCGGCGUCGCUAUCAGGCGCCUUUGGAGGCCUGCUCGCUAGGGGGCUGUCCGCCAUUGGACCCCGAGGCGGACUCGAAGGCUGGCGGUGGAUAUUUAUCAUCGAGGGCCUCCUGACCAUCGCCGCCGGAGCCAUUGCCUUCCUCGCGCUCCCCAACAGCCCGGCCACGGCCCGCUACCUCACGGAGGAGGAGCGCGAAUGGGCCAUGAAGCGCCUGGCCGGCAACGGAGACGACCGGUUCGAUCUCGCGCGCGAGCGAGAAGAGCGUUUUCAGUGGAGCGAGGUCCGCCGCGGCGUCUUCAACGUCCAGGUAUGGCUGUCGUCGACGGCCUACUUUGCCAUCCUAUCGGGGCUGUACUCGUUUGGACUCUUUCUGCCGACCAUUGUCAAUGACAUGCACAUUGCCAACAACGCCAACGAGACGCAGCUGUGGACGGUGAUCCCUUACGCCGUGGCCACGCCGGUGACGGGUGUGUCCCUCCCCAGAUUACUCCUUUGACGAGACUUCACAUUCUAUCCUCGGCUGACCCGUUCUUCAGUGCUCGUUGCGUUCCUCUCGGACCGGCUCAAGCGGCGCGGGUCGCUCAUGCUCUUGGUGCUGCCCGUCGCCAUCGUGGGCUACGCCGUCAUCGCCAACGUCACGGCCGCGUCGCCGCGCUUCGCCAUGACGUGCCUCAUGGCCAUUGGGCUGUACGCGGCCGUGCCGUGCGUGCUCGUCUGGAACUCGAACAACUCGGCCGGCCACUACAAGCGCGCCACCACGUCGGCGCUGCAGCUGGCCGUGGCCAACUGCGGCGGCUUCGUCGCCAGUGAGUUGAGCUGGACCGUGAUUUGAUUCGAUUUGAUGCCCUCCCUUCCCCCCCCUCCGGUCACCCCUUGGCCCUAUCCAGCUGACGGCAGACUGUGUUCACAGCGUUUGUGUAUCCCGCCAAAGAAGGACCGUACUACCACAAGGGUCACACCAUCAUCCUGGGCCUGCUGUGCUAUGCCUGGGUCGCCGUGGCGCUCAACGUCUUGUGGUGCGUCAAGAUCAAUCGGGACAAGAAGCGCGGCCGGUACGACGAGUUUGCGGGCUUGGGCGACGACCGCGACCCGGAGUUUAGAAUGGUGCUGUAGAGCGUUGAAAUUAAAUUGAAAGUGAUGGCAUGGAA